AUGUCAGUUCUUCUGGGAGGAAGCCAUGUAUCUGUUUAUUUCCUUCUACCUCCUAAUGAGUUUUUUUGAAGAAAUUCAUGGCUUUUGUCCUUCACAAUGCACUUGCGUUUACCAUGGCAGAAGUGAUGGCACUGGAACAAGGUCUGUACUCUGUAAUGACCCUGACAUGUAUGAGAUCCCUGUGAAUGUUCCUGUGGAUACUGUAAAGCUUCGUAUCGAGAAAACUGUCAUACGAAGGAUUCCGACUGAAGCCUUUUACUACCUGGUAGAUCUCAAGUACCUGUGGGUCACUUACAACUGUGUAGCCAACAUUGAUAUCAGCAGCUUCUAUAACUUGAAACAGCUGCAUGAGCUGAGGCUGGAUGGUAAUCUGCUCUCAACUUUCCCUUGGGAAUCCCUGGCCGAGAUGCCCAACUUACGGACUCUUGAUCUCCACAACAACAAGCUGACCAGCAUUCCCGCUGAUGCUGGCCGCUUCCUGAGAAACCUCACCUACCUGGACCUAUCCAGCAACAAGCUGACCACCUUGCCAUCAGACCUCAUGGACAUUUGGCCCCCCUUCUCAGGAGCUAUUGUGUCCAAGAACACAGACAUUCUGGUGACACAGAGAGUAAUCUUGGGUUUUCAGGAUAACCCAUGGUUUUGUGACUGCCGCAUUUCAAAGCUAAUUGAAUUUUCCAAAAUUGUGGACACCUCCAUUGUACUUCUUGAUCCAUUGGUUUCAUGUAGUGGACCUGAGAGCCUGGCAGGAAUCUUGUUCCAGAGAGCUGAGUUAGAGCAGUGUCUUAAACCAUCGGUGAUGACCUCAGCAACAAAAAUCACCUCCCCGCUGGGCAGCAACGUCCUGCUACGCUGUGACGCCACGGGGUACCCAACGCCACAGCUCACUUGGAGUAGGUCAGACAAUAUUCCAGUCAACUACACAGUAAUUCAAGAAACUCCUGGAGAGGGUGUCAGGUGGUCCAUAAUGAGCUUGACAGGAAUUUCAUACAAGGACGCAGGAGAAUACAGAUGUAAAGCCAAGAACUUGGCAGGAAUGUCAGAAGCUGCUGUGACUGUCACAGUGGUUGGUGUAGUUACUACAACUGUGUCACCACAGAAGUUUGGGAGGAAGCCAGAGGCUGAGAGGCAGAAUACAACUCAGGAGGAAUCCAAGCAGGAACCCGAGAGGACAACCACACCUCUUCCCAUCACAUCGACCACCACAGCUCUGGUGAGCACUGAAACAUCAACCAGCAUGACUUUUACUGACAGGAAGCAAUCCAGGCUCAUGCUAGAUGGAAAGAAAGUUUCAAAGGCAGUGACAAAUGGAAACAGAAAGCAGAUUGGAGAGUUAAGCAAGAAAGGUGAGGGUACUCUAUUGAGUGCAGCAGGUAUGGCUGAGCAAAAUGUUACUGUGAAGAACCUAAGGGUGAUCAGUGAAUCUGAUGAAAGAGUGACCUUAACUUGGAAAACUGUCAAUGCCACAGGCAAUUCUGCUGUGACUGUGUUAUACUCCAAGUAUGGUGAGAAAGAUAUGUUGCCUCUCAGCACAGAUUCUAACAAAAACAAAGUCACAAUCGAUGGUUUGCAACCUAGUACUCAAUAUAUGGCAUGUGUGUCACCCAAAGGCGUGCCACCUACAAAAGAGCAGUGUGUUGUUUUCUCCACUGAUGGGUUAAAUGAAGAAAGCAGCUCUGAGUUUUCCAUUCUGAUAGUGGGCAGCAGUGCAGCAUGUGUGGUUGUUUUACCUUUGAUAUUUUUCUUACUCUACAAAGUUUUGAAACUUCAUUUGAAACCAAAAUCUGCAAAGGAAGCUGAACUUGCAAAAGAGACUUAUGUGCAAUUUGAAACACUGUCGCUGAAGCCUCGAACACUGGGUGCAGGAGACCAGCUCUGGGCACGGAGGUACACGGAUGAGUCAGAAAGACUUCUCCUUUGCUCUAGGUCAAGCAUGGAUUCUCAAAUGACCUUCAAAAGUGAGGGCUCCAGGUCUGAGUAUCUGUGCUGAACAUGGGUCAGGGUGGAGAUGAAAUAAAUAAUAGGUAAAAUUAAUUCAAAAUGGUGAUGCUGUGUCUGGAAGCAGGUUGAUGCUAGAUGGUGGUCAGAAUACAUUAUCUGAUGUAAUAGAGUCUUACUGGGUGGUGGUGGGUAGGAGGGGGAAUAGAAGAAAAAUGUUGCCUGUUUAUUUUCUUAUUUUUUAUGUUUGUGAUUUUGGAUGUGAAGGAGUGAUGUUCUUCCAAAGAAAAAUACAGCGUGAAAUGGCUCUAUGGUUAGAUAUUUUUUGAUUUUAUUAAAACAUUUCUGUUUUCUCUCAUUUUACCAUAUGAUGUGCUAGUGGCAUGUAUGAAACAUGAAUCACAAUCUUCUCAAAGUUGAUGUACUUCAACAUAAUAGGAAAACAGUUUUAACUACUUCUAUUGUGAUCAAAACUUUAUUUGAAUCUACAGCUUUUCUUGUAUCUUGGGUUGAAGUAGUCUCAGUCCAGACAGAAGUCACAGUUUAUGGGCUCUUGAGAGGUACAAUACACAUCUUAUUGUCAUUUUGCAGAUGUUGCCCUCUUGCAGAAGGGCAAAGAAGCUUCUUUAGUGUCCUGAAGUAACUAAUUAAGUUAACUUACUUCAGAUGAUCUUAUUGCAGAAUCUCAGCCUUAGAAUUUACUUGGAUGUGUCUGUCUAUAUACCUCAAUUUCAGAAACCUCUGUACAGAAAAUUCUGUGGUACUGUGUAAUACAACACACACUCUUAUAUGUAAAUAUAUGACACAGAUAUUGCACAGUAUUAUGUACUACACUGCAGUAAUAUAAUACCUUUUGAUAUAAAGUAAGAGGAAUUUUUGUCCUUGGGACAUGUUGGAUGUGAAGUUUAAUGAGCAUAGUGAAAAUUAAUUGUGAAUGUGCUUCACCAUGUUUAAAAAUCAGAAAUUAAUAGUAACAGUGAAUUCAGGAUUGCCUGUUAAUGAUAAUAAUGAAUAGUCUAUUCUGAGGCUGCUUUUUUUAAUGCCUAAAAUAAAUAAGAGAACUUUUGUUGUUCUAAGUUCAGAUAUUAUAUUUAGAAGUAUGUAUGAAUUGUGAGCCCUGAUUUUUCCUGAAAAUUACAGCUGUGUUGUUUUCUUGGACUUUUCUAUGCCUAGAGGAACUGUUUGUUUUGCUAGGAAACUGGGAAUUGACAUUUUCCAGAUGGAGAAAUAUUACUCAAAGGUUCAAACCAAAGCUCAGUUUGUCAGCUUCAAAACAGUAGCAUUUCUCGUUGUCACUAAUGUAGGAUGAAGUUUUGCACGCUGGAAUGCUGACGAGCUUGUCUUAUAAGGCAUAGCUUAGUGAGAGGUGUCAAAAAGGCUCUGAUACAAAAUCAUGGCAGGAAAUGAACACACUGAAAAAUCUCUGUAGCACCUCCACCAUGGUGUCCAGUGACCAGGAUUAGUAGAAUGAGUAUUUGAGACUAUAGGAGCUGUAAUAAGGAAGCAGGUGGGAUGUUCAAAAGUGCAAAAUUAGCUUGCCUACUUAGAUUGACCUUUGGUGUUCCUUUCUAUGUUACAAGCAUGUGUGAUUAAAAAUCAGUCUUUCUUCUUUUUCCAUGAAUAAUUUUGAUUGCAAUGAAAGUGGUUUUAUCUUUCUAAGCUA